UGAUAGUGCAGGCACAGUCCAGGAUCCGUACAGGGCUGGCUGGGGAUGAACUUCCUCUCUGGAUGCCGGAACUGUACGUGUAGUGCAGGCGAGGAACAACAACACGGACUGGCACCGUGCAUGUCAGCGGCUGCGGGGACAGGGCGGCAGGACAUGAGGCGGGAGUAGCGGCCGCACACACGGCGAGAUGUGGCUGAAGCCGGAGGAGGUCCUGCUGAAGAACGCGCUGCGGCUAUGGGUCACCCACAAGUCCAACCAGUACUUCAUCCUGCAGCGCCGCCGCGGACAUGGGGACAGCGCGGCCAAGUUCACGGGUCGUCUUGUGGGUGCCCUGGAUGCUGUACUGGAUUCCAAUGCCCGAGUUGCCCCAUUUCGAAUACUACUUCAGGUCCCUGGAUCACAAGUUUACUCGAGCAUCGCUUGUGGAGCCACCAUGGAAGAGAUUCUCCAGCAUUGGGAAUGGCUAGAACAAAACUUGCUGCACACCCUAUCGGUGUUUGAUAAUAAAGAGGACAUAGCUAACUUUGUAAAGGGCAAGGUUAAGGGUCUUAUUGCAGAAGAGACCAGCAGCAGGUUGGCAGAACAAGAGGAGGACCCUGAAAAAUUCCGUGAAGGAUUGGUAAAAUUUGAGAGCAGGUUCAACUUCCCAGAGGCUGAAAAGCUGAUCACGUUUUACUCCUGCUGCUGCUGGAAGGGGAGAGUGCCGCGCCAGGGGUGGCUGUACCUGAGCAUCAACCACCUUUGUUUCUAUUCCUUCUUUCUGGGAAAAGAAUUAAAACUUGUGAUCCCCUGGGUGGACGUUCAGAAACUCGAAAGAGCAUCAAACGUUCUUAUGGCGGAUAUCAUCAUGGUGUACACACAUGGGAAAGAACGGGAGUUCUCCAUGUUUCUUGAUAUCAAUGAGGUGUUUAGAAUAAUGGAGCAGCUUGCAGAUGUGACGGUCAGAAGGCUGCUGGACAAUGAAAUCUAUGAACUAGACCAAAAUCUGCAGCAACCAUCGCAAAUCACUAAGAGGGAUCUAGAAGCAAGAGCACAAAAGGAGUUUUUUCGAGCCGUGUUUAAGCUUCCAAGAAUUGAGAGCUUGUAUGAUGUUGUGGAUUGUUCUCUGUGGACACCCUUCAGCCGAUGCCAUACGCCUGGCAGGAUAUAUACUUCUGACAGCUAUCUCUGCUUUGCCAGUAAGGAAGAUGGCGUUUGCAAUGUUAUUAUACCACUCAAAGAGGUAGUAAGUGUGGAGAAGAUGGAGGACACCAGUCUUCUGCCAAACCCAAUCAUUAUCAGCAUACGGCAACAGAUGGCUUUUCAGUUUAUUGAGCUGAAAGACCGAGAGAGUCUGGUUAAUGGUUUACUCCAAAGGCUGCAGCAAGUCAAUGCGAGCACAGUGUGCCCAAGAAACAGAGACCUGGUGUUUGGUAAAGAAGGGUUUGGGAAUAUGAACAUAAUGGUUAAUCAAGAUGUGGAAGGUGGAAAUGAAAAGGAGAAGUUGCCAACAAAUGCAGAAGCUCUGAUGUCCUCUUUUCAUCAGACUGGAACUGGGAAUCCCGAUGCUGGAAUGACCCGAGAACAGAUAAAGGAGCAUUUGUGGACGGACCACUUUACAGAGUUUGGGAGGACAGUUUGUAUGUUCCGCACAGAGAAAAUCCGGAAGCUUGUUGCUAUGGGAAUACCUGAAUCGCUGCGUGGAGAACUCUGGCUCAUCUUUUCAGAUGCAGUAAUGGACCUGGCCACUCAUCCGGGUUACUACAGCAGGCUGGUAGAUGAGUCGAUGGGUAAGAGUUGUUUGGUGACAGAAGAGAUAGAGCGUGACCUGCACCGAUCACUACCCGAGCAUCCGGCCUUCCAGAACGAAACUGGCAUUGCAGCUCUGAGAAGAGUUCUUACUGCUUACGCCUACAGGAACCCUAAAAUAGGAUACUGUCAGUCUAUGAAUAUCAUCACUUCAGUCUUACUAUUGUAUGCCAAGGAAGAAGAGGCAUUUUGGCUCUUGGUUGCAGUAUGUGAAAGGAUGCUUCCAGAUUAUUUCAAUCAUAGGGUCUUGGGGGCCCAGGUUGACCAGUCUGUUUUUGAAGAACUCAUACAUGAGCGGCUUCCUGAGCUAGCGGAGCAUAUCACUGACUUAUCCACUUUGGCUUCCAUAUCCUUGUCCUGGUUCCUCACACUGUUUAUCAGCAUUAUGCCCCUGCAGAGCGCUGUCAAUGUUGUGGACUGCUUCUUUUUUGAUGGCAUUAGGGCCAUUUUCCAGAUCGGACUGGCAGUUUUAGAUGCAACAGCUGUGGAGCUGUGUAGCAGUAAAGAUGAUGGACAAGCGCUAAUGAUUCUGAGCCGGUUUCUAGAGCAUGUUAGGAAUGAGGAGAGCCCUCUGCCACCGACGGAAAACUUGCACAGUUUACUGAACAAUGAUCAGGAGCCUUACCCGGUGACUGACAUUGCAGAUUUAAUACGGGAUUCAUAUGAGAAAUUUGGCAACAGUUCUGUUGAGCAGAUUGAACACUUGCGUUGUAAACAUAGGAUCCGUGUUCUUCAGAGCCAUGAGGAGACCACAAAACAAAAUGUGCUUAGAGUUGUUGCACCUGAUGUGUCCUUUCUUCAUGAAGAUUUAGAAGACCUGUUUGACAUGUUUAAGAGAGAGCAUUUCAUGAGUUGUUACUGGGAAGGGAUCUCUUCAUUAGUGGAGCGCCAUGACCCUCGUAGGCCCUAUGCAGAACAGUACAAGAUUGAUAGUCGACAGUUUGUGUCCCUCUUCAGACUGUGCUUGCCCUGGCCCUGGGGUUCCCACACAGAAGUUUUAACAGAAAGAAUGUUUCGUUUACUGGAUGAGAAUCAGGAUCUUCUCAUUGAGUUUAAGUCAUUUGCAUGGUGUUUAGACAUUAUUUAUAAUGGUGAGAUGAAUGAAAAAAUCAAGUUGUUAUAUAGACUCCAUAUCCCACCAGCUCUUACAGAGAAUGACCAUGACUGUCAGUCACCACUCAAGGGGCCACUUUUAUCCACUACUAGACCACUGAAGCUUACAAAACCAAACAGUGGAGAAAAGGAUUAUCAAAAACAACUAAAGCAGAUGCUUAAAGACUUGGCAAAGGAAAAAGAUAAAAACACUGAAAAAGAAUUACCCAAAAUGUCCCAGAAGGAAUUUAUCCAGUUCUGCAAAACAUUGUACAGCCUAUUUCACCAAGACCCCGAAGAAAAUGACCUGUAUCAAGCCAUCGCCACAGUGACGACCCUUCUACUCCAGAUUGGAGAGGUUGGACAGCGCAGCAGUAUCAUGAGCUCAGGCAGUGCAUCAGAUGAGUUUGUAGAGUCAGAAAACGGUGCCUGCUCUUCAGACCAAGACUGUGUUUUCUCUGACACCACUAGUACUCCAACCCAUCCACUGCCGGAAACUGACUGGGCAGUUUCUCUGGAACACAUAUUGGCAUCUCUCCUAACAGAACAGUCGUUGGUGAAUUUCUUUGAGAAACCGUGGGAACUGAAGCCAAAGUUAGAAAGUGCUAAAAUGAAUCCUUACAGCCUCAAGACUGCAAAUGGAUUUAGCCAGCAGUCCCCCAUGUUGUCCUAAAUGAAUGGAAAUCUUGCUGUGUCCCGGGGUCCAGCAGCCAGUGUGAAGGGAACAAAGUGUGAACUGCACUGCUGAUAAUCAAUACAUAUAUAUAUAUUCCAGCAAGUGUUUUAGCAACCUAGUAGAAAGCCCCUAGAUGUGAAGCUAAAGUAAGGAAACAAUAACUUUGAACAGGAUUAACUUCCAAACAAGUGGUUCCACCACUGACAUCUGUAUUCUUGAGUAACCAAAGCACACUGGAUGACUUCUCAUUCUUAAGAUGUGUCACUUCUGUGGAGCCAUCCUGAGAAGAUGUCUACUGAACUCCAAAAACUCAUUUGUAUCCAGUACUGGCAUGCCAAACAUUUCUUAUUGUUGAAAUUUGUUCAGGGUUUAUGUCAUUUGUCUAAUAUUUUGUAUCUGUGAGUUUUUAGUUACGUUUUGUGUUUGCACUAAUAAUGUUUCAAUGCUGGAAAUUGAAACUUUUAUUCUGUUCAGUUUGCAUUCAAAUUUUUAUGUCGUUAAAACGUCAACUUGACCGACUCUUGUGCUUUUUGUCUUGAUUUGUGAAGAGCUGCACUUUUCAAUAAACUAGUUUUUUUUUUUUU